UGCGCCAUCACAGCUCAGUUACGGCGUGCAAGUUAUUCGUAGCGUUACGCAGUGCUCGCUGCUAUCGUUCAAGUAAUAAAACAAAUAAGCAAUAGCAAUAACAAUAACAAAAAUAAAAGUAAUAAUAUUUCAUAAACACUGUGUGUGACAGUAGAGCCUUAUCGGGCGAGAGUGUAGUGCUACAACCGAUGUAUGCGAAUUAUCCUUGCGAUUUUUUUUCUUCAACAUUUUUAUUAUGGUGCGUGCGUGCGUGCUUAAUAUAUGUGCGUUUGUAUGUAUAUAUGCUCAUACGUGCGGGUAUUUCCGAUAUGACGUGUCCUGCGUACAGGCUUAAACCAUUGUGAAUUAAAGCAAUAAAUAUAUACACACAUACUCAUAUAUACGUGUAUGUGUAGAUGGAUGUAUGUGUAGUUAUAACACCAGGAUUUAGUAACGCAAUAACACAGUGUUGAAACGUGCACGCAUUUUACAUUUUUUUUUCACAUUUUAUUCCAUGUUUUUUUUUGUUUUUGUUUUACACCUGCUUUCACAUACUUAUAAAGUCAACGGCGCGGCAAAACUGCCACAACAGCAAAUAUACAUACAAACAAAAAAUAAUAAACAAAGCAAAAAAAAAAUGGAUAAAUUGUUGUCCCUUUUCGAAAAUGCUGACCCAUUCAAAACCUGGUGGCCAGCCAUUGCAGCGCUCGUGUUCGGUCUUGUUAUAAUAGUGCGCACACUGAUGAGCGGCCAACGUUGCCCCAAUGACAAUCAAAUACGCGAUCAAAUAGUUGUUGUGACAGGCGCGAAUAGUGGUAUCGGACUGGAGAUAGCUAAAGCUUUGGCGGCGCGUGGCGGACGCAUUGUAUUGGCUUGCCGCAACAUGGCCGCCGCGGAACGAGCGGCAAGGGUUAUCAAACGAGAAUUGGAAUGCCAACGCCUCCAUCCCACACACUCCAUCGCCGCAUCAGAUGCGAAGUAUUUUGUGGAGGCUCGCUACCUGGAUCUACGCUCCUUUGAGAGUGUUCAUCGUUUUGCGCGUCGCAUCACCGGCGAAUUCGAGCGCAUCGACGUGUUGAUAAACAAUGCGGGCAUUAUAUUCGGGCCACUUGGCGCGCGCACCAUUGACGGCUACGAGCUGCAUCUGCAGGUGAAUUAUCUAUCACAUUUUCUACUCACACAAUUGCUAUUGCCACACUUGCAACGCUCGCCUAGCGGUGGACGGGUGGUGAAUGUGACGGCACAUGCUCAUGCAGCGGCCAAAAUCGAUUUUGACGAUCCACUCAAUGUAGGCACAUGGGCGGUGAAUUUCCAUGCACGUGACGCAUUUGCUCACUCCAAGUUGGCGGUAUUGUUGGCCACACGCUGGUUGGCACGACAAAUGAAAGGCACUCCACUGACGGUCAAUUGUUGCACACCUGGUCUUGUGCGCGGCACCGGCCAUUUACGCAGCUCACCACUAAUGUCCGCCAUUAGUGUAAAAUUGAUGACUUUACCGUGGCGUUGGCUGUUCAUGAAGAAUCCAUUUGAGGGAGCCCAAUGCGCCAUACGUCUAGCCACCGAUCCGAAGCUUAAGAACGUGAGCGGCGAAUAUUUCAACGAUUGUGAAAUAGCACAGUCAUCAUUGAAUGGCCGAGAUAUCGCUUUGGCGAAGAAACUAUACAUGCAGACAAUCAAAGAAUUGGAAAAAGUUACGAAAUUGAUUAUUGAAAAAGAUAUUGAAAGCGAAACUUUGGCUCUAGAGAUGGCGCCGCAACCGGCAGAUGCGGAGGCAGAAAAUUAUAAAGUACAACAACAAGCUGGGCCCAAACGACCAAAAGAAGGGAAGGCGAAAGCUAAACAACAACAAUUGAAACAACAAAAGGCGUAAAAGUGGCACCUCCAAAUGAAGCAAGAACACAAAAUUUAUUAAAGCAGCAAAAACAAACAAAACUUAA